AUGAGUUCUAGUAAAGAUAGUUCAGAUGCCAACACUACCAUCUAUCAUUGGAUCCAGCAGACCAUAUUUCAGGCUUUUGCUCUGAAGCAGCAACAUCAAACAGAUAAUACGUCAGAAUCUAACUCACAACUAUCUGAUCUGGAGAAGGUUUUGGAAGAAGCAUUGUGGUUGACAAAAAAAUGGCUGGAAGAUGUCUAUGGACAUAAAUUUAAUUUGAAUGUGUAUGAAAAGCCUAGUUUGCAUUCAGAACUCUGGGAAGAAGCAAUUAAUCAAAUUUCUCUGUAUUGUAAAGAACUGAAUGCAUUUAAAGAUCUUCACCCAUCCAUUAAGAAAUGCUUUGAAGACUGUGCAAUUGAAGCAGUGCAUUUGGCUUGCCAGUCAGAGACCAAUAUUCUUAGCAAGUUAAGUUCUUACAAUCUGGAAAAUUUUGGACGUUUGGUGUCAAGUGUUAUAGAAAAUUCAUGGCCAAAGGAUAACCAAGGAAACUAUGUUAAAGAGAGUGAUGCAAUUUUACAGCACUUGCUAAUGUGGACAGAUGCAACAUACAUAUUUAAACUUUAUGGAACAGAUAGCCGAAUAAUAUCACAGUUUGGAGUGGACAUCCAAGAACUGGUGGCUCUUUCAGAAUCUGUAUUUCUGGAGGCUGUAAGGAAUGUCAUGGAUGGAAAGGUGCUCUAUAAACAUAUAGAGAGUAUUCUAAAGCACAAGGAGCAGUUUGUAGCCAUUUGUAAACUGAAAACCGAAAAAAACGAGAAACCCUUGUUGAAUGAAAUAAAUCAAGUGUUGACGUGGUGGAAGGCUGGAAUAGACAAACUACGAAUAGAGCGUGAAUGGGUGAACAGUCUUCUCAAAAUGAUCGAUAGUGUUGAUAAGUACAUAAAAGUGAAUGUUUCUGAAAUUCAUGCAAAGCAUUUACAAGAACUGGGAUCACAAAAGCUAAUGGAUAUAUUACCUGUAAAGACUCCUAAUUCACCUGAUGAAUUUAUUGGACAUGCCUUGUCUUAUUAUAACCUCAGUGCUCCUUCCAUGACCAUGGCUGAACACCUGAACACUUUCAGGACUAGCCAUGUCUUUACCACUUGUUGGGAGAGACAAGCCAAUGCUGUUGCUGAGAGUUCUCAUAGUGAGUCCUCUAAUGAGAGUGAAGAUGACACUGAGUACACAGUUGAGGAAAUAGUCGAUGAACUCUUCAAUCCAUGUUUGGAAAAUUGCAAGAAGAUUUAUAAUGACCUUAAAUCUGGACAAGUCACCUUUGAAGUUGUGGACAAGUUUUUAGCAGAUUUCAAAGACAAUUAUAAAAAUCUGGAAAAAGAACUUGAAAUCUUGUGUGGCUUGGGAGUCCGAGAUAAUAAAACAUGGAUCUCGAAACGUGUGAGUCAGAUUGAAGAGUACCAUGAACUUGAUGUAGCCUUUCGUUCUGCAGAGGUUAUAUUUGAAGUAAAAAGUUCUUUCAAUCUGGAUGGGGACUUCCAAACGUUAGAAACUCUGCUCCAAUUUGCGGAUGAGUUUGAGAACUAUAAGCAAAAGUCUCUAUCUUGUAUAAGUACAGAAGUAAUGAAAACCAAAAAACUGUUGUCGAAAGUUAAUGAAAAUCACAUUGCAUGUCUUAAGGAGGUCUUGAAAAGAAGAGAUUUUAUUGUCUGGGUCAAAGAAGCAUUGACAGAUGUCAAUGAGCUGAAAGUGUUUGUUGACUUGGCCUCCAUUUCUGCUGGAGAGAACGAUAUGGAUGUGGACCGUGUUGCCUGUUUUCAUGACGCAGUGCUGGGGUAUUCACCAUUGUUCUAUGACCUGAAGCGUGAAUUUGGGUUUGACAGCUUUAUGCUUUGCCUGGAGAAAUUAUGGAAAGCCUUACAAAGUGACCCGAAACUUCCAGAAAAGUUGAAAGACUCUGCUCGUCAUAUAGAAUGGCUGAAGACUGUAAAAGAGAGUCAUGGUUCAGUUGAACUGUCAUCUCUGUCCCUGACAACAAGUAUCAACAAAAAGGGGAUCUAUAUCAUCAGAGCACCCAAGGACAAGAAGAAGAUUACACUUGAAAGUGUUUUGAACUUGGUUCUACCAGAGAAUAAGGAGAACAGUCGUUUGUAUACACUAGAGGAGCUGAAGGAACUGCUUAACAAACUUAUGCUUAUGUCAAGCAAGGGAGAACAAGGCAACAUGGAAGUUGACAAGUUUUCUGAGAUAUUUUCUAAUGUUCAGAGGCUGGCUGGCUCUUUUAUUGACCUCUAUCUGGCUGGAAAUAUGCUGUUUAGAACGUGGGGGGCAGUGAUCCAAUGUGCAGAUAAUGCUACAGUCAGUGUUCGUAUGAACUUUGAUGUUGAGGGAAUUGAGGAACUUCAAGCAGAAGAAGCUCUUACCGAUUUGCUUCCAAGCAUCUGCAAAACCAUGGAGAGAUUGUUGGAAGAGUGGCUGGCCUUUGUCAACAAGAAGAGAUCCGAGCUAUACUACUUAAACUACUACACAGCAGAACAGCUGGUGUACCUGUGCCAGCAGUAUCAGAUGAGGGAAAUCAGUGAGGAGGCUCUUGUAAUGUUGUCUUUUAUUAAACCUGACUGUGAAAAAAUAGACACUAUCAACUCCUUCUACUUUUCCAAGACUGGUUCCUGUUAUCCAACCGCUGUAAACCAACCAGAUAUGAUGGAUUUUGCAAUGGAACUUGAAGUCUGUAGAGAUGUUUCAAAGAAACUAGAGCUGGUUUGGAAGUUCUCUAUGGAUAACAUGAACUCUUUCUUCCCAGGUUGCCUGGAUUUGGAUGCCCUGGGUACUAGCUUAGCUGCUCUGGCUGAGCAAAAUAAAAAAACGGUAGACCGUGACCUUCAUCCAAGUUUGCAGCCUGGCCGACCCAAUCUGAUUCUUUGUCCUCCAUCAGAAAUGUUGUCCUGUGCUAUAGCAGUUUACAUGCACACCUCUGGUGAGGCAUUGCCAUCCUAUGAUGAAGUUCUCCUAUGCACGCCUCAUACCACCUUUGAAGAGGUGGCCUUGUUUCUUCGUAGAUGCUUGACUUUGGGGUACAGUGGGAAGAAAAUUUAUAGUUUGAUCAAUGCAGACCUGCUAAGCUAUGAUGUAGGUUAUAAGUCUGAGCUACUAUUCCAACAACUACAGGCCAAGUGCAUAGAAAAGUACAAUCUUGUAAUCAUAUGUAACUCUGAUCGAGAGGGUUGCUACAUUCCUUCAGUUUUCAGCCAAUUCAAGAUUCAUGUGAUCCCCCAAAAACAACCUGUAGAGAUUCAACGUUACCUGUGUACACAUUUUAAAAUUGGUUCUGAAGUGGUUUCAGCAGCUUCCAUGUUUAAGAAUGGAAUGAGUGCAGGAAUUGUGUCAUCUAAGCGAGCUGGGGUUGGAAAAUCUCUGUAUGUGAAAAGGCUUUACCAAAAACUUGGGUCUAAAUUUUCAAGUAAAAAGCCACUUCUCAAAAUAAUUCGGCUCAUUAAGCCAGAGGUGGAUGAGAACAAAGUAUUGGAAACCUUACUUCCUUUUCUAAAUGGGAAAUCGAAGAGCUGUCCUAUAAUAUUCCAUAUCGACAUUACAUCUUCUGUGAAAAGUGGCAUUUCAGAGUUCCUGUUUAAACUCCUUGUCCUGCAAUAUCUGAUGGAUUCUGAGGGAAGGAUAUGGAAGCGCCUGCCCAGUCACCUGUACAUCAUUGAGAUUUUGGAAUGUUCUGACAUUUUAUUUAGAAAACAAUUCAAAUCUGUUCCUCGAAUUGUGCAAAACGGUUUAAUUGACUUCUUCCCCAAGAUUCACUGCUGCUCUCCAAAAGAGGUUCUCACAAAAACUACACAAACUGAUGUAAUUGAUUGUGGAGAUCCAGGAAUGGACAUUGAGGAAUUUCGUAGUGAAUGUUUCCAGAGACCGUACCAAUACCUGAUUCGCUUUGACCAGGAACAAAAUCUAGAUGCCUUUGUGUACAUAGAAGGCCACACCGAAGGAGACCCAGCAAAAUGUCUGCAGAUAUUUCUUCUUUACUGUGGCAUAGUUGACCCUUCAUGGUCUGAACUCCGGAACUUUGCAUGGUUUCUAAACCUUCAGCUAAGAGACUGUGAAGCUUCAGUGUUCUGUAACCAUGAGUUUGUUGGAGAUACACUGCAAGGAUUCAAAAACUUUGUGGUGAAUUUUAUGAUAUUAAUGGCAAAAGACUUUGCUACUCCUUCUUUGCACAUUGCAGAUCAAAGCCCAGGAAGAUACGAGAUUAAUCUUGAUGAUGGAGUCCAGGAACAAGACCUGGUACCUUUUUUAAUGCGCAAGAGAUGGGAGUCUGAGCCGCAUCCCUAUAUCUUCUUUAAUGAAGACCAUGCAUCCAUGACAUUUAUAGGAUUCCACCUGGAACCAAAUAAUGCUGGUGGGGUGGAUGCCAUAAAUCCCAGAAAUAACCGCAUCAUCCGACAAAAUGUUAUGUCCUUGCAACUUUAUGCAGGCUUGAGGCUUCAGAGAGUGCCAUUCAAUACUGAUUUUGACCAGUUGCCCAGACAUGAGAAAAUAAGCAGCUUAUGUAUGGUGCUAGGAAUUCAGUGGCCGAUGGACCCUGAUGAAACAUAUGAGCUCACCAUGGAUAACAUGCUAAAGAUUUUAGCAAUUAAGAUGAGGUUCCGAUGUGGAAUACCUGUAGUCAUCAUGGGAGAAACCGGUUGUGGGAAAACCAGGCUGAUUAAAUUCUUGUGUCAUUUGUGCAAGGGAUUUGUUGAAACAGAAAACAUGAAGCUUGUAAAGGUUCAUGGUGGUACCACUGCUGAGACAAUCUACCAAAAAAUCUUGGAAGCCCAAGAAAUUGCACAGAUUAACAAGCAAGAGGGAUGUGAAACUGUAUUGUUUUUUGAUGAAGCAAACACCACUGAGGCCAUUAGCAGCAUCAAAGAAGCCCUGUGUGAUCACACGGUAGAAGGGGUGCCUUUGCAAGAAGACUGUGGUCUACAUAUCAUUGCUGCUUGCAACCCUUACAGAAAGCACACUGAUGACAUGAUCAAACGUUUAGAAUCUGCUGGACUAGGUUAUAAAGUGAGAGCAGAUGAGGCAAAAGAAAGGCUUGGCUCCAUUCCACUGAGACAGCUUGUAUAUCGGGUACAUGCUUUGCCUCCUAGCAUGAUUCCACUUGUAUGGGAUUUUGGGCAACUAAACAAUGAAACUGAAAAUAAAUACAUUCAGCAGAUUGUGCUGCGCUUAGCCAAAGAGAUUCGGCUUUCUACUUCUGACAUCCAGUUAUUAACAGAUGUCCUUUCAGCUUCUCAGUCCUACAUGAGAGAUAAAAAUGAUGAGUGCAGCUUUGUAAGCCUUAGGGAUGUGGAACGUUGCAUAGAGGUCUUCAAAUGGUUUUUUAGCCGUCAUGACAAGCUGAAACAUCAUCCAUCCCUGGCAUUGAGAAGAAAAAGUACUGACAGUGUGGUAGAUAAAGCAGCUUGGUCUCUGGUUCUUGCUGUUGGCGUGUGCUAUCAUGCAUCUUUGGAAACCAAAGAUUCUUUCAGGAGGGCUAUAUGUAAAUUCUUUCCUCUGCCUUAUAGAGACCCCACCAUUAUUUUACAGGAAAUAACUUCCAUUCAGGAACUCUUCUUAGCAGGUGUACAAUUAAGGGACACCAUUGCAAGAAAUCUUGCUUUGAAGGAAAACCUCUUUAUGAUGGUCAUCUGCAUCGAGCUAAAAAUUCCAUUGUUUCUGGUUGGAAAACCUGGAAGUUCAAAGUCUCUUGCAAAGACUAUUGUUGCUGAUGCUAUGCAAGGCCAAACAGCUCAUACAGAACUGUAUAAGGACCUAAAGCAGAUCCACUUGGUGUCUUUUCAGUGUAGUCCUCAUUCAACACCAGAAGGGAUUAUUGGUACAUUUAGACACUGUGCCAGAUUCCAGGAAGGGAAGAAUUUAAACGAAUAUGUGUCUGUAGUUGUACUUGAUGAAAUAGGGCUUGCAGAAGACUCCCCUAAAAUGCCUUUAAAAACACUUCAUCCUUUGCUAGAAGAUGGAUGCAUUGAUGAUGACACCUCACCACACAAAAAAGUUGGAUUCAUUGGCAUCUCUAAUUGGGCUUUGGAUCCAGCAAAAAUGAACCGAGGGAUAUUUGUAUCCCGAGGUGACCCAAACAAAAAAGAGCUUAUUGAAAGUGCAAACGGAAUUUGUUCUUCUGAUAAAUUAAUUCUCCAUAAAGUCUCACAAUACUUCUCAAACUUCUCAGAGGGGUAUCUUAAAGUUUGCAAAACCCUAAAGGAACAGGAAAAGGAAUUCUUUGGUCUACGAGAUUUCUACAGUCUGAUAAAAAUGGUGUUUGCUUUUACCAAGCAGUCUCAAACCAACCUGACCCUGGAUGAAAUUGCUAGGGCUGUUCUGAGGAAUUUCAGCGGGAAAGAUGAGGUGAAUGCUUUGGAAAUUUUCCUAGGAGACGAAAGCAGAAAUAUAGAAUAUAGCAACACAAUAGAUUUGGUGAUGGAGAACAUCAGAAGUGACAGUGAUGAUUGUCGUUACUUGUUAAUAUUAACCAAAAACUAUGCUGGAUUACAAAUCCUUCAGCAAGCUUUCCUCAAGGAAAAUCAACAACCAGAAAUCAUCUUUGGCUCCAGUUUUCCAAAGGACCAAGAAUAUACUCAGAUUUGCCGAAAUAUCAACCGUGUUAAGAUUUGCAUGGAAACUGGACAGAUGGUUAUACUACUUAAUCUCCAGAACCUGUAUGAAAGCCUCUAUGAUGCAUUGAACCAAUACUAUGUCUAUCUAGCUGGCCAAAAAUAUGUUGACCUGGGCUUAGGCACACAUCGUGUCAAGUGCAGAGUCCACCCAAAGUUCCGAUUGGUAGUCAUUGAAGAAAAAGAAGUCGUGUACAAAGAUUUUCCAAUUCCUCUCAUCAACCGUCUUGAGAAACAUUACUUGGAUAUAAACACAUUCCUGAAGAAAGAACACAAGGUUAUUGUUUGUAAGUUGGAAGCCUGGGUAGAGGAUUUCACUAAAGGCAAACAAGCCUACACCAUUGGUAACACCCAGACUUACAGGCCUUCAGAUGUUUUUAUUGGUUACCAUUCAGAUACUUGUGCUUCAGUUGUUCUUCAAGUGACAGAGAACAUGAAGCAAUCACAUACUGAUACUCAAAUGAUAAAAGAUGUGAAGAACAAAGCAGAACAAGUCUUGCUAAACUGUGCCACACCUGAUUCUGUCAUCCGCUUAGGCCGGAAAGAAUUGAUUGAGGAAUACUUCAAGAAGCAGAAACAUGGUUCAUUAUUAGAUUUUCUUUACUAUCAUGUGACAACUGGAUAUGACAAUCAUACCAUUUUCACGGAGAUCACAACAUUUUCCCGUCUUCUGACGUCUGUUGACAGAAAGGUUUUAGAAACUGAGUUACAAAGCCAAGUCAGUAGCAUUGAAAUUUUGUCCCUGCAGCAGUUUGAUACAGAGUUCUCAUUCUUGAAAAAGAUUCGGAGUUUUCUUGAAUGCUCAUCUGGAAAUCUAAUAUUGAUUAUACAGACUGAUUUUGAAGAAGGAUCCCAAGGAGCAAAUCUUGUGGCAUCAGCAAAGUACGCUGCUGUGAAUGAGAUACAAAAGGUGAAUCUCAAAGAAGCGUCUGUAUUUGUCUACUUCAUAACCAAACUUCCCAGAAUGCAAGGAGGCACUUCUUAUGUAGGCUUCCGAGGAGGAUUGUGGCAGUCCAUUCACAUAGAUGAUCUGAGGAAGUCUAAGGAUAUGGUUGAUGAUGUAACAGCACUUCAGGAUCUCACCAUAAGCCGUCUGUUCCAUGCUGAAGAGAAAAAAGAACCAGGAAAGAAUGAUACUAAGCACAAAACAAACAUGGAAACAGAGAUGGAGGUAGAAAUGAUCCAUGGAAAUGAAGACAGUGAGAUCCACGGCAGGGGUGAUGAAGUGGACAAGAACGAAAAGAUGGAUAUAAAUAUGGAAGGCAAAAUGGAGCCUGAAAAUGAAACUUCUGAAGCGCAAGAAAUGGAAACUGAUGAUCCACUGCCCAGACCAGAGGAUAUGUUGGACACCACCAUUCUCAUCCGAAGCUGUAUUCAGAAUGCCAUAGGCUUAUUAAGGGAUGAGGAGAAUAUUGAAAGCCGUAGCACCAGGAGGAUUGAGAUCCUAAUAAGCCUUAUGAGCACAGAAGAUCAGAUAAAGAGCUCUUUCCUAAAAAUGCUGAAAUACCGCCUGUUCAAGUUGCUAAAGACGCAGGAAGAAAAUGUAUAUAAUCCUGAACAAUGGGUCAUACGGGAGGCUGCAAAUCAAGAUGCUUUGCAGGAAGCUGGAACUUUCAGGCAAACCCUUUGGAAACGUGUUCAGACCGCUGUCACACCGCUUCUGUCCCAAAUCUUGUCUGUUGUUGAUCGUAAUGCCAACCUGGACCUCCUUGUGGCAAAGCAUGUAGAAGACUAUGUGAAAUGCCUAUGGAUGCACAUUUUUCAAGAUGAAAAUCUUCUGCCUAUCUCAGAUAGUCACAGUUCACAGAAUGAAACCAUUCUGGUGAAGAACUACAUGAAUAUCGCUGUAUUUGGGGAAAAUUGUUUACCUUUCAGCUGGAGGAUUAAAGAUUAUCUGGAAGAUAUUUGGACUCAGGCCCAGCACAUUGAUACUACAGAAGGUCCUGCAAUGAAAUUUCUAGAGAUCUUCUGUAAAACGCCAUUGGGAAAAUAUGUCUCAUCUAAGGAAGAGAACACGCAACACAACCUUUUCCUGAUUUACAAGAGAGACUUUAUCCUCAUGAACAUGAGCAUAUCAUCUGCUGAAGAGUUAAAGAUCAUGGAGUUUGCUCUGUCUGCAUGUAUCGAAGAAUUAAGAUCCUCCACAAAAUCUAAGGAACCCUUACAGCUUCCAUGGGUCCAUAUUGGAUAUAGUAAAUUUCAACACAGGCUGCAAAACCUGAACAGGAUUUUGGUGGUCAACUUCUCAGUGUUGGACUCCCUCCUUCAAAAAAUCACCGAUCCCAAGCCAAUGCUGGUUCUUGACAUCUAUGCUGCCAUUGCUUGUCUAGAAUCAUUGAAACACACCAUGCAGAGAUCUGACCCUCAAGAAUGGAUGCGACAAGACAACAGACCACCAGAUGAUGAGGUCAUACACCAUCUAAUAUCCUUUCUAUUCGACAAGCCUGAUUCUGUAAGUCACACACGGUCUCUUUCCCCCUUUGAGGAUGCUGUGGACAAAACUCCAGUGAUACGCUCUGUCAUAUUGAAACUGCUGCUGAAGUACAGCUUUGACAAUAUAAUGAAACAUGCACAAGAUUAUUUAGACAGAGUCAAAGGAAGCAAUCUUCUGAAACUCGCAGACACAAAAGAAGUAUACCUGCUAUUCAUUAACUGUCUGGAGGAUUCACUAUAUGAAAAAAAACAAAAAGUUCAAAAUGAGGAUGAAAAACUUGAAUACUUUGAAUUGGAAGCAUCGUUUUUGCAAAACUACUUAAGAAGCAGCAAGUGGCAAAGAAAUGAGGAGACAUCAGUACAGCUGCUUCAGGAUGUGGCCAGAGUGAGGCUGGCACUUGAUGUGGCGGCAGAAAUGAUGUCAGUCAAACUGAGAGGAUCCAAAAAUGAACAGUACCUGAGAUGUGUGGAGGAUUUAUGCUCCCAGUCUGGCAAUGAUUGGUACAGAGUCUAUCUAAUACGCAAACUGGCUAACCUGGAGGGCAUAGACAUGGUCCAAAGACAUUUUAAAGAUCCUGCAUUCAGGUGGCUGUUCCCUCAAGAAAUGUUGCAGAAAAAGGACACUGAGACAAAUCACAUUGACCAUUUCUUGGUGUGUAGAGAAAGUUACAAAGUACUGAGGGAAGGUAUAAGCAGAGCAAUGAUGGAAGGCAAAGAAGAAAGGAUUGCAACUGCCAUGGAGGAAUGUAAAAACCUGGAUCAAAAACUGGCUGUCCACCUCCUGCUCGCUGUAUUCCGAGAAAUAACCAUGCCCUAUGCGGUCUGUAAUAAUGGUCAACAAAACACAGCACUUGAACAGGAGUCUGUGAUGGAUUUUAUAAAAAAUGCCAACAUUUUCAAGGACAGAUUUCUGAAACAGUUUUUGGAGACCCUACUGACCAACAGCCGGCCAGUUCUCCGAGCGCUCCCCGGCAUGAGAGGGUCAUAUGUCACAAUCUUUGGAUUAGCGGUACACUUGGCCUCCAUUCUUUUAUCUGGAAAUAACCAUCUUUUGGCACCAUUAAAAAAUCUCUCAUUCUUAUCUGCUAGAAUGCAGAACUCCUUCUUGCCAACCAUGCCAGAGGAUCUGCUUUCCAAAGCUAAAAAUGUAAUGAGAAAACUGCACUGGUAUCGUUGUCCCAAUGGCCACUACUGUGCUGUUGGAGAGUGUGGUCGGCCAAUGCAGACCGGCCGAUGUCCGGAUUGUGGUGCCAUUAUUGGAGGACAAAACCAUGCAGCCCAUCAGGGAUUCGAGAGGAUUCAGCAGGAUGUAGACCGAACACAGCCUGGACAUGUUUUGGGAGACCCAGAUCGCCAAGGCCCAGCUGUGGCUCCAGACCGAGAUAUUGCAGCCCCUGCCUUUAUUUUACUAAGGAUGAUAACACAUCUGGCAAUGCUUCUGGGAUCAGAAGAGGAUACGCAGAGCCUGAUGCGCAUUGUGAAGCCACCAAUUCAAAAUGUUACAAAUUUCAUUUUUUGUCACAUUGAAAGAGAUCUGGAAUAUCUGAGGAACAGCCUUGGGAAAAGCACAGAUGACACCACAACCGUUGUACAUCUUAUACUUGACAAAAUGCUGAGUCCACAACGCUCCGGGCAGUGGCCUGUCAACUUUGAUGAAACUUGGUCAACCAAAGAAAUGAGGAACAACUGGGAGAAGCAUUUUGUAUCAAUGGUCAUUACCCCUGUGCUCGGGAGCUUAAACAGGGACCUCAUGACUGUGAACAAUUACAUCCGGCAGGAUGAGAGAAUUAGUUCCAAUCCUGUAGUAAAGGUGGUGUAUGGUGAUCCUCUGAUAAGUGGAGAGAAGAUGGACUUACCACAGGACAGUAAUGUGUAUUGCUCAAAGAUAUGGAACUGCAGAAAUCGGAUCUCCAUUGAAUAUAUACUACAUACUGUGCAGCAGCAGGAUGGAAAAGACACCCUACCUCUUCUCUGGAAAUUCCUGGAGAAAGAAACAGAACUACAGAUGGUGAAAUUUUUGCCAGAUAUGUUGAAACUUCAGAAGGAUUUGGUGAAGAAAUUCCAGAAUUACAAAGAUAUCAACUUUAAAACUAUUGGAGAUUUCUUGCAAAGCAUAAAGUCUGAUGGAGCUCAAUGUAUUUUUAAACAGCGUAUACAAAAAUUCAUACGUGCUUGGAAUCAUCUGCGGCUUUUCCUGCAGACGAACGGUGAAAUAAAGCUCCCAGAAGGCAUGUGUGAUGAGAUCCUUACCAUGGACAGCGAAUUUGAGUUUCUUCUUCCUCGUCGCCAGGGACUGGGCCUGGGUGCUACAGCACUCACUAGCUACCUCAUAGCACUGCACAACAGUUUUAUAUAUGCACUGGCAAAAUACACCAACAUUGAACAAAAUUACUCUAUUAAAGCUUCUGAAGUAAUGGAUCUACAUGUGAUCAGUUAUGAGCUGGAAAAGGAUCUAGUGCCUAUAAUCUUAUCCAACUGCCAGUAUAGUUUAGAGAGCGGUAAAGAGACUUUACAGGAAUUUGACUUUCCAAAGAUCCAGAAUCAACUCACCACCCGCCUUCUCCAAGGGAAGCCUCUCAUCACCAUGGUUGGAUUGCCAACUCUCACCCUUUCCCAUGACAGAAACUAUGAGCACCUGUUUACAGAUCUAAAGAAAAGACUCCCUCAGGACUCUUUAUCAAACUCAGCAAUAGAUGUUAUAAGCAAAGACCUGAAUGCAUUCAGUGAUGUCUGUGAAGCCUUAAACAUUGUGGACAUCUCAGUGGGAUUUCUGGCAACGUCAGGAGGAGAUGCAGAACUUUCCUUAACAGGAUAUGUAGAAGAUGUCCUACAGAUGAAAGAACAGAGCAGCACACAUGUUCUUGAGGCGCUGAAACGCUGUUACUUGAAAAACACAAUCGCUCUUUGGCAGCUUCUCACUGCACUGAAGUCACAACAUCUUUUACAUCUAAAGAGGGAUCCAUUUGCCAGUGUGGACACAGUUUACAAACAUGAACUAGACAAGGAGAGGCAGCACGCACUCAAUGUGUUCUUGGAGCAGAAUGGCACAAACCGCUUCCUUCUGGAGCUGCAUGAGAUGAUCAUGCUGAAAUUAGGAAAGCCACGAAGUGCAGAUGAUUUCCCACCUUCAUGGAUCUUAAGGGAUGUGCUGGUUCCCCUUCUUGAUGAUAAAGGUGUUUCCUUCAUGGAACUGGAGAAUGACUUUCCCGAACAAAUUGCACUUGCCCAUUGCAUUGAAGCUUGGAAGGUUGCUGCCAAUAAGAAGUGGAAUCGCAUUUAAUGACUUGGAAUGGAAAAUAGUGGCUGCAAAGUCUAUGUGCUGCAUUGUGAGACCUUAUAUUGCUGCUGCUAACUCAGGCUGUUUUG